AUGGCGCCAAUGGCUAUCGGCGAUACUGGCGAUGAGGUCGUUUCUAAGUCACUGCCCACUAUUCAUCUUGACCUUCUGAGGACUGGAAAUGCAACUGAGAGCAAGAAGCUACUACAUGCUUGUCAGACGCAGGGUUUCUUCUAUCUUGAUUUGACCAGUGACGUAGAACUGUGCAAACAAUGGGAAGACUUAUUGCUGGUAAUGAAGCAAUACUUUACGCAGCCUCUCCAGGUAAAGAUGCAAGAUGCCAAAGGUAGUGACAACUACGGAUACGAACCUAUCGGCACUGAAGAAGGACCCAUGCCCAAAACGAGGGAUGGCUAUGAAUCUCUCAAGAUUUCCCGCCGAGAAUUUCUCCAAGGUUCCACGGAGCUCACAACGUCUAUAUCCUCCCAGUCAGACUUGUUCUUCUCCUUCAUCCAGAACGCCCACGCUAUCAUGAUCAUGAUCCUUGCGCAACUCUCGCUCCAGCUUGGCCUUAGCGGCUCCUCCAGCUUCGAGUCCUACCAUACGGACCCGGGGCCUUCGUUUUCUACCCUUGGUCUUUUGCGCUACCCAAAGCAUGAUGAUGACGUGCCUCCGACAAGCUUGGGCCACAACAAGCACACUGACGUAGGAUCCCUUACCUUUCUUCUCGCCCAGCAAUGGGGCCUCCAGUUCCUGUCUCCGGAGACCAACCGCUGGGAGCUCCUGGAGCCUCGCCCCGGCCACGCUAUCAUCAACGUCGGCGACAGCCUACGCUUUCCAUCUAAAGAUAAGCUAGCGAGCGUUGUACAUCGCGUGAUUCCGAUAAAAGGCAAGCAGGACGAGGAUCGAUACAGCAUUGCCUACUUUUUACGCUUAAACGAUGACGUGACAUUUAAUGACUCGAAGGGUAGGGCAUGGACGGCUAGGGGAUGGCAUGAUUUCAAGUUUGAUAUUUUCAAGAGUCCCAGUACUUUAGAUGCCACUGGACAGUUUUUGACCGGCAUGAUGGAGGAGAAUGACAGACUGGUGGGCAACGGAGGCUACAAGGCGACAGUAGCCCCAUGA